AGCAAGCUUUACAUGGAAGGAUUUAGAAGCCUAAAAGAAGGAGAACCAGUGGAAUUUACUUUUAAGAAAUCUUCCAAAGGCCUUGAAUCAAUACGGGUAACAGGCCCUGGUGGGAGCCCCUGUUUAGGAAGUGAAAGACGACCCAAAGGGAAGACAGUACAAAAAAGAAAACCAAAGGGAGAUAGAUGCUACAACUGUGGUGGCCUUGAUCAUCACGCUAAAGAAUGUAGUCUACCUCCACAGCCAAAGAAGUGCCAUUACUGUCAGAGCAUCAUGCACAUGGUGGCGAACUGCCCCCAUAAAACUGUUUCACAACAGCCCGCUAGUUCUCAGGGAAGACAUGAAGCUGAACAACAGCCUUCCACUUCUGCUGUCCUGAGAGAAGGAGGAGCAGCGUACGGCUAUUCGUCUCCAUCGUAUUCUCAGGAGGGAAGGUCAGAGCUCUCAGAGCGGUCAGGCAGGUCGCCACAGGAAGCUUCUUCAAGUAAGUUAUCUGCAUCACCUGAAGAACCAAGCAGAAAGGGGCCUUCUGUUCAAAAAAGGAAAAAAACUUAAGAGCUUUUGUCAUAACUUUCCAUUUUCUUUAUCCUCUUGGGAUGUCUACCUCAUGCAAUACAGGGGAAAUUAUUUCAUUAUCAGUAGCUGACCUGGAAUUUUAACUACUGUUGAGGAACUGUGAAUUUUUUUUUUCUUUAAUAGACAAAUCACUCCAAGCAAAAUACAUAUGAUCAGGGUGUGUUAAGUUUUACCUUCUGUAUGUUUGUGUAUGAGUGUGCACGCGCGUGGGUGUGUAUGUGUACUUAUCUAUAAAUAUAUAUAUUUUUCAUUGAACACUCUCCAACUCCCACAAUACAUUAUUGUGAAGCAAUAGAUACACUAUCCAAAAAUGUUCCUGAACCCAUUCUUAGAAACUAUUUUCAAAGGCACUCAAGAAAAGCAAACAAGAAAAUCCAAGAAAUCUCUCACACAGCCACACCAAACCUGAAAAACCACACACAGAGCUAUGAUCAGGACUGUUGCUUUUCUUUUGAACCAAAGGAUACUUUCAUAUUUUAAAGCUGCCAUAUGGUACUAAAGAUACUAAGACAUCCCCUCAGCAUCAAUUUGAGUUAUUUUCUUUCUCAUACCUAUGAAGUAUCAAUGCCUUUCCCCUCCCCGUGCCUAUGAAGGGCAGUGUCAUGAGUGAAUAUGGCUCUCAUGGCCACAAUCCUUGGCAACUGAUCUGAUUUAAACUGAUGAGGAGUUGAAAGCUCCAGGAAAGACAAUGAAUGUGUAGUUUCUGUGCUGGUUUCUCAAAGCGUUUUGUUAAAUUAAUAUGGUUGUAAUUGUAAUGUAGAUGACUUGUGUAGGGGAGAAUGUGUAAGUCAUUACAGACCCUUCUGAGGGGAAGCAGGAGGCCAUCCUGUUUAUCUCGCUGUUUUCUGUGAAAGUUUAGAGGACCUUGGUGAUGGUGGCA